UUAGAGCUUAGUGAGAUAGCUAUCAAAAAUUUAGAAAAUGAAGAAGUGAGACCUAUAUCAAGACCUAUAAAGUUUGCUAAAGAGCUCAAGAAAAAAAUAGUAAUGAAUAAAAAAGAUUUUGUUUUUAUACCAGAACUUGUAAGAAUUACUAAUAAUGAUAAAGAGUUGGAGCAAUGCAUAACUGAGAUAAAGCAUAAAAUAGAUAUUAUAAGUUCAGCAACAU